UAUGGAUCAUCUUCCUCUUUCCAUACAUCCGUAACUUAGUUAUUUUUCGAUUUUCCAUCACUUAAAUCUUUAGCAAUCAUCUUAUAAUGACAUUCGGAUUGAGAGCAGCUUUGCUGGCUCUAGCAGUAACCACGGUCUCCGCACAGUAUGGCCCUGGUGGUCAAUAUGGCCCAGGCGGAUCGAACAACAACGGCAACGGCAAUGAUAACAACGGAGGGUUUGGCAGCGGGCGGGGCGGCCCAUCACAGUCCUUCAUCGACGGCCGGCAAAAGGUCCUCAUCGCACAUGGCGUUCUAGCAUCGUUGGCGUUCGUUCUGUUCUUCCCCAUCGGCAGCAUCCUCAUCCGUCUGGGCUUUUUUCGCGGUGCAUGGCUCAUCCACGGCUUGUUUCAGCUCUUCGCAUACCUGGUGUAUACAGCGGCGGUUGGCAUCGGUAUCUGGCUUGCCAGACAGGCACCUACUCAAGUAGGCCUGCUUCACAGUUACCAUCCCAUUGUUGGUCUCAUCCUUUUCGUUUUGUUGUUCUUCCAGCCCAUCAUGGGUUACAUCCAUCAUCUGAGGUAUAAGAAGUACCAAUGCCGCACACUCUGGUCUUAUGGGCAUCUGUGGCUUGGACGAAUCGCUAUCACCCUGGGUAUGAUCAAUGGAGGACUCGGCCUGCUUCUUGCAUACGACGCACCUCUGGGUUUUGCGCCUAGUCGCCCCCAGGUCAUCGCAUACGGCAUCGUUGCUGCUAUCAUAUGGCUGCUGUAUGUCACUGCGGCUAUUGUUGGAGAGCGGAGGAGGUCAAUUGCUGGAAAGAAGAUCGAUGACGAAAGCUCUCCAGCCAGCUCGCUGGCUCCUCGAAAAGAGCGCUAUGCAUACCGUUACAACUAGAGCUUUGCAAGUUUAUGUAUGGUAUAUCCUAAGGCAACAUCAACAUCAAAUAGAAUCAAAAUAGACGUUCGAAAUUCAAG